AGGCUGGGUACGCCGGCUGGGCUCGAGGAGACCCUGCCGAGAGGGGCCUGUGAGUGGCGCCGGGGCUGUCCCGGCGUGCCGGAGCUGGACACCAUGAACGACGUGGCCAUCGUGAAGGAGGGUUGGCUGCACAAGAGAGGGGAGUACAUCAAAACCUGGCGGCCCCGAUACUUCCUCCUCAAGAAUGACGGCACCUUCAUCGGCUACAAGGAGCGGCCCCAGGACGUCGAGCAGCGAGAGUCCCCUCUCAACAACUUCUCUGUGGCUCAAUGUCAGCUGAUGAAGACGGAGCGGCCCAGGCCCAACACCUUCAUCAUCCGCUGCCUGCAGUGGACCACGGUGAUCGAGCGCACCUUCCACGUGGAGACACCCGAGGAGCGGGAGGAGUGGACGACUGCCAUCCAGACGGUGGCCGACGGGCUCAAGAGGCAGGAGGAAGAGAUGAUGGACUUCCGGUCGGGCUCGCCCAGCGACAACUCGGGGGCUGAGGAGAUGGAGGUGUCCCUGGCCAAGCCCAAGCACCGUGUGACCAUGAACGAGUUUGAGUACCUGAAGCUGCUGGGGAAGGGCACGUUCGGGAAGGUGAUCCUGGUGAAGGAGAAGGCCACGGGCCGCUACUAUGCCAUGAAGAUCCUGAAGAAGGAGGUCAUUGUGGCCAAGGACGAGGUCGCCCACACACUGACAGAGAACCGCGUUCUCCAAAACUCGAGGCAUCCGUUCCUGACGGCCCUGAAGUACUCCUUCCAGACCCACGACCGCCUCUGCUUCGUCAUGGAGUACGCCAACGGGGGAGAGCUCUUCUUUCAUCUGUCCCGGGAGCGCGUGUUCCCUGAGGACCGGGCCCGCUUUUACGGCGCUGAGAUCGUGUCUGCCCUGGACUACUUGCACUCGGAGAAGAACGUGGUCUACCGCGACCUUAAGCUGGAGAACCUCAUGCUGGACAAGGACGGACACAUCAAGAUCACAGACUUCGGCUUGUGCAAGGAGGGCAUCAAGGACGGGGCCACCAUGAAGACCUUCUGCGGGACGCCCGAGUACCUGGCCCCCGAGGUGCUGGAGGACAAUGACUACGGCCGGGCGGUGGACUGGUGGGGGCUGGGCGUGGUCAUGUAUGAGAUGCUGUGCGGCCGGCUGCCCUUCUACAACCAGGACCACGAGAAGCUCUUCGAGCUAAUCCUCAUGGAGGAGCUCCGCUUCCCGCGCACGCUCAGCCCCGAGGCCAAGUCCCUGCUCUCGGGGCUGCUCAAGAAGGACCCCAAGCAGAGGCUUGGAGGGGGCUCAGAGGACGCCAAGGAGAUCAUGCAGCAUCGCUUCUUCGCCAGCAUCGUGUGGCAGGACGUGUAUGAGAAGAAGCUCAGUCCGCCCUUCAAGCCCCAGGUCACGUCAGAGACAGACACCAGGUAUUUUGACGAGGAAUUCACGGCUCAGAUGAUCACCAUCACGCCACCCGACCAAGGUGACAACAUGGAGGGUGAGGACAGCGAGCGGAGGCCCCACUUCCCGCAGUUCUCCUACUCGGCCAGCGGCACGGCCUGAGGAAGGCCAGCUGGCCGCGCCGCACUCCUGACGGCGGCUUCAGGGGACGGGGAGGAAGCCUUGCGGGACGAUUUGUAUUUCAUGUUUAUCUCUGGAUGCGUUUGGGAGCCAUGUCACUCCUCCGAGCGGGGAUGGGAAGACGUUUCGUGCUGUGGGCGGGGCGGCCCGCCUUGAAGGGGGCAUCCUCCCUGCCAGCCGGGCCGGGAGCAGAGGUGUCCUGCGGGCUUUUUUAAUUUAUUUCAUCUAGGUCUCCAGACAUGGCCUUGGCCUUCAGAAUGAUUAGAUUCACAUAGGAAAAGGUCGAGGGCCUUAUGCAGCCACGUGCAGUUGGGGGUCCGGGUGCGCCCUGCCUUGGCCCCUCCGUCCCUCCCGCCAGCUGUCUCGGCCCAGCCUGGGGGCACCAGCAGCAGCCUGGUUGUGGCACGCUGGCCUGGUCCCCUCCCUGGGGCAGGCCAGGCCGGGCUCGCCCGAGAGGCAGAGGAACGAGGUUGCAAUCCGUUGCUGUGUAUUACGCUAUUCACAUGCAUUUUGGGGUUUUUUAAUCAUAGUGACAAGAAAGCCCCUCCCUCCCACCCUUUGGUCCCUUCCGGGGCGUCUCACUUCGAUGGUGUCCCCAGGUAGCACUCGUCCUUUGGAGCAGCUUCACUGGCCCGCCAUGCGCCCAGCGCCCUUUGGAGGGGCCUUCAGCGCCCCCUCCGCGCCUCGCGGCCGGACGCCAUGCCGCACCGGGGCGCUUUUUACAUUCAACUUUACUAUUUUUACUAUUAUGAGACUUUCCCUCCAAAUUCUUCAAUAAACACUGCUUUUCAACUUU